AACUUAUGUAUUUAAUUUUACUGACGCUAAUGAUGACACGUUAAAAGGUAACGGGUCGCGGAUCUAUGACGCCCCAUUCUUUUGCCCAACAGUAGUAUAGUGAAGACACGCGGAGAAAAAGUAUCUGGGUUGGUUGGGAGUUAUCCAGCUGUUUAUUUAUUUUCCGUUGUGGACUAGCUUUUCUUGGCAGUAAACAUGGUGAAACCACGAUUUAAAGGAAGAAGUACAAUUAAUCCCUCCAGCGCCAGUACCAACCCAGAUCGGAUAAAGGGUGCUGGAGGUAACAACAUGAGGGACCGGGCUACCAUUAAGCGUCUGAAUAUGUACAGACAGAAGCAAAGAUGUAAUAAUCGUGGGAAAGUGAUUAGACCUCUGCAGUACCAGUCAACUGUUGCAUCCGGCACAGUUGCCAGAGUGGAACCUAAUAUUAAGUGGUUUGGCAAUACCAGAGUUAUUAAACAGUCAAGUUUGCAGAAGUUCCAAGAUGAAAUGGACAAGGUUAUGAAGGACCCAUACCAAGUUGUGAUGAAACAAAGCAAGUUACCAAUGUCGCUCUUACAUGAUAGAAUCAAACCACAUCAUUCUAAAGUUCACAUUCUUGACACGGAAGCAUUUGAAACAACAUUUGGGCCUAAAGCCCAGAGGAAGAGGCCCAGCCUUUUAGUCAGUGACAUGCAGGAGCUUGUAGAGAAAGCUGCUGUUUCAGCAGAACAGUAUGACCAGCAGAAAGACCGUGAUCUUGCAGUUGAAGACUUCAGUGGUGUGAGUAAAGAGAGCAAGGAAGAACUGCCCAAGAAAGGGCAGAAGAAAUGCCUUUGGUAAUAACUAUGGAAAGUUCUUGAUUCAUCUGAUGUUGUAGUCCAGGUGCUAGAUGCCAGAGACCCUAUGGGCACUCGAUCCCCUUAUAUUGAGAAAUAUUUGAAGAAGGAGAAACCUUGGAAGCAUUUAAUGUUUGUGCUUAAUAAAUGUGACCUUGUUCCCACAUGGGUUACAAAAAGAUGGGUAGCAGUCUUGUCACAGGAAUAUCCUACUCUUGCUUUCCACGCUAGUCUCACAAAUCCCUUUGGAAAAGGAGCAUUUAUACAGCUUUUGCGGCAGUUUGGAAAGUUGCAUAAUGACAGGAAGCAGAUCAGUGUUGGCUUUAUUGGCUACCCAAAUGUUGGCAAAAGCUCAGUAAUAAACACAUUACGUUCCAAGAAGGUUUGCAAUGUGGCUCCUGUUGCAGGUGAAACAAAGGUCUGGCAAUACAUCACACUGAUGCGUCGAAUCUUCCUGAUUGACUGCCCUGGCGUUGUUUACCCAUCUGGUGACUCUGAGACUGACAUUGUGCUGAAGGGAGUGGUUCAAGUUGAAAAAAUCAAGAACCCUGAAGACCACAUUGGUGCAGUACUGGAAAGAGCAAAGUCAGAAUAUAUUAGCAAAACUUACAAAAUUGACACCUGGCGAAAUGCAGAGGAUUUUCUAGAAAAAAUGGCUUUCAGGACUGGAAAACUAUUAAAGGGUGGAGAGCCUGACAUACAGACAGUAUCGAAAAUGGUGUUAAAUGACUGGCAACGAGGUCGGAUACCGUUUUUUGUCAAACCACCAAAUGCAGAGCCAGAUUGUCAGGUUGCAGAUAUGCAGAAAGUAGGUGAUGCGGCACUUCAAGGCAGUGAAGAAGAGAAAAUUGCUAACACAGAAGAACCAGCUGCAGAAUCAGCAGAUUGUGGCCAGACUCAGGUGAACUCAGAAAUGCCACAACUCGUCUCACAAGUUCGGCAAAACUUUGGCAAAAUUAAUGUAGCACCUGAGUUUUCUGAGGAGGAUCUUGUACCACUGGAGAUGUCGAACAUGUCUGAUUCAGAUGAAACUGAAGAAGAUAUAUCAGAUGAAGAUGAUGCUGAAACUGAAGAACAUGGUGAAGCAGAAAUGUCACAUGGUACAGAACAGGAAUCCUCAGAAGUAAUGCAGAAAAGUGCGCAAAGAGAAACAGACACAAAAGUAGUGCUUAAAACUCUAGAUGAAAAGAUAGCCAAGUACAAGAAGUUCCUGGAGAAGGCAAAAGCAAAGCGCUUUUCUGCAGUUAGAUACCCAAAAGGACUUAACAAGAACUCAUAUUCAUCAAAUCAGGAACAUAAAGAUUUACAAGAGUACCAGGCUGAAGACUCAUACAGAAGUAAGAAGAAGAGGAAACUCCAGGAUGAAGAGGAAGAAGAGCCACUACCGAGGAAGCUUUCGUCAAAAGAGCGAAGAAGAUUAGAGAGAAUACAACAUCCAAAGAAAGUUGGAGUGCGGUACUACGACACUCACAAUGUGAAGAAUAAAAACAAGAACAAGAAAACAAAACAAUCUGAUGGACAGAUAUCAAAGCAUAAAAAAUUUCGUCAUAAAUAAUUUAUUGGAUGGAUUUGUUAAAUAAAAGCCUUUUAUUGAGAAUA